AUGCACUCGUUCUGUAGCGACGCGCGUCUGCGGCGCUGCGAGGCACCUGCGGCGGCGCCCGAGGCGGCGGCGGCGCCCGCGCUCGACGCCGCCGACACGCUCUACUACGACGUACGCGGCAACCUGUCGCUGCUCUGCCGGCUGCCCAACGACGACAACCUCGGCUAUGUCUGGAAGAAAAAUGGCAGUGAUAUCGAGCAAGUGUCGGACCUGAAGGGACGCUACGUGAUGGAGAAGGGGGGCGCGCUGUUCUUCGUGAAGCACUCUGUGGAGGACGACUUCGGCAACUACUCGUGCGCGGUGGGCGCGGGCGAGCAGCGCUGGGAGGUACGCGGCCGCCCCUACCUCAAGCUGCCCGCCAACUCCAACGUGGUGGAGGGGCAGAAGCUGAAGCUGGUGUGCAAGGUGGUGGGCAAGCCCUACCCCGAGGUGUCGUGGGGCUACACCAACAGCAGCGAGCCCGACGCCAACUUCACGGACGUGGCGGAGGCGCUGGGCGGGCGCGCGGCGCUGGCGGCCAGCGAGCAGGGAGUGCCGCGCGGCGCACUCGUGCUGGAGGCGGCGGCGCGCGCGGACGCGGGCCGCUUCCGCUGCGCCGCGCCCGGCGUGCCGGUGCCCGCCGGCGCCGCGCCCGCCGUCACCGUGCUGCGCGUCAAGGACAUGUACGCCGCGCUCUGGCCCUUCCUCGGCAUCUGCGCCGAGGUGUUCGUGCUCUGCGCCAUCAUCCUCGUCUACGAGAAGCGCCGCACCAAGCCCGAGCUCGACGACUCCGACACCGACAACCACGACCAGAAGAAGUCG